AUGACCCUUGCUGUGCUUUCCAAGAGCUGUGGUAAGCUCACCUUGGAUUUGUGGGAUGUACCGUCGUGGGAACUGCAUUGUUCCAUCGAUGGUGUCACUGGGCGCUACAUUCACUUUUCCGAAAAUGGCAAAUAUGUGAGCACGGUGCAGGAGCUAUAUCACAUAGAGACUGACACCGAGGGCCAUCUGGUCUCUCUAUCUGCUAUUGAACAUCGAAUAAAGGUGGAGGAUGGAUGGGACUGCCUCGGCAAGGACAAGAUUCUAUGGCUUUCUGAUGAAUAG